CCCGGGCUCCAGGCGCUCGGAGGAGGCGCACGUCGCGCAGGAAUUGCCUGACUUGGGCUGGGGGUGCGGUGGGUGAUGGAGCAGCCCGAGGAUAUGGCGUCGCUGAGCGACUUCGACUCCUUGGCGGGCAGCAUCCCGGCCACCAAGGUGGAGAUCACCGUGUCCUGUAGGAACCUCUUGGACAAAGACAUGUUCUCCAAGUCCGACCCGUUGUGUGUCAUGUAUACCCAAGGGAUGGAGAACAAGCAGUGGCGGGAGUUUGGGCGCACCGAGGUCAUCGACAACACACUGAACCCGGACUUCGUGCGCAAGUUCAUUGUGGAUUACUUCUUCGAGGAGAAGCAGAAUCUUCGCUUCGACCUGUAUGAUGUUGACUCCAAGAGCCCUGACUUAUCCAAACAUGAUUUCCUGGGCCAGGCCUUCUGCACCCUUGGAGAGAUUGUAGGGUCCUCUGGGAGCCGCCUGGAGAAGCCCCUCACCAUAGGAGCAUUCAGCCUGAACUCCAGGACGGGCAAACCCAUGCCAGCCGUGUCCAAUGGUGGUGUCCCAGGGAAGAAAUGUGGUACCAUCAUCUUAUCGGCUGAGGAGCUCAGCAACUGUCGGGACGUGGCCACCAUGCAGUUCUGUGCCAAUAAGCUGGACAAGAAGGACUUUUUCGGGAAGUCUGACCCCUUCCUGGUGUUCUACCGAAGCAACGAGGAUGGAACGUUCACCAUUUGCCACAAGACCGAGGUCAUGAAGAACACCUUGAACCCUGUGUGGCAGACAUUCUCCAUCCCGGUCAGAGCACUCUGCAAUGGGGACUACGACCGGACCAUCAAGGUGGAGGUGUAUGACUGGGAUCGCGAUGGCAGCCACGACUUCAUCGGGGAGUUCACCACCAGCUACCGCGAGCUGGCACGUGGGCAGAGCCAGUUCAACAUCUAUGAGGUCAUCAACCCAAAAAAGAAAAUGAAGAAAAAGAAAUACGUGAAUUCAGGCACGGUCACCCUGCUGUCCUUCGCCGUGGAGUCCGAGUGUACCUUUCUUGACUACAUCAAAGGAGGGACCCAGAUCAACUUCACGGUAGCUAUUGACUUUACCGCCUCCAAUGGGAAUCCCUCCCAGUCCACGUCCCUGCACUACAUGAGCCCCUACCAGCUGAACGCCUACGCGCUGGCGCUGACGGCCGUUGGGGAGAUCAUCCAGCACUACGACAGCGACAAGAUGUUCCCCGCCCUGGGCUUCGGGGCCAAGCUGCCCCCCGACGGCAGAGUGUCCCACGAGUUCCCGCUGAACGGCAACCAGGAGAACCCCUCCUGCUGCGGCAUCGACGGCAUCCUGGAGGCCUAUCACCGCAGCCUACGCACUGUGCAGCUCUACGGCCCCACCAACUUCGCGCCCGUGGUCACGCACGUGGCCAGGCACGCGGCGGCUGUGCAGGACGGCUCUCAGUACUCCGUGCUGCUCAUCAUCACUGACGGCGUCAUCUCCGACAUGGCGCAGACCAAGGAGGCCAUCGUCAACGCUGCGAAGCUCCCUAUGUCUAUCAUCAUCGUGGGUGUGGGCCAGGCGGAGUUCGAUGCCAUGGUGGAGCUGGACGGCGAUGAUGUGCGGAUCUCUUCCCGCGGGAAGCUGGCUGAACGCGACAUUGUCCAGUUUGUGCCAUUCCGGGACUACGUGGACCGCACGGGCAACCAUGUGCUGAGCAUGGCCCGCCUGGCCCGUGAUGUCCUGGCUGAGAUCCCUGACCAGCUGGUGUCAUACAUGAAGGCACAGGGCAUCCGCCCCAGACCUGCGCCCGCUGCCACCGCACACUCACCGCCGCAGUCCCCGGCCCACACGCCCCCUGGGUCUCCCCUGCACGGUUGAGCUCUACAGCCUUGCAGAUAUCCACGAACCAGGGGCAGAGGCUCUGGAGGUGCCUCACCAACCCCUCACCUCACUCGCUGCCCAAAACCAGGAAGUUGGGGUGCAUGGAUGACAGAGGGGUGCACAGCAGGCCGGGCCUGGGGUUUAGGACUCUGACUCUUUUCUUCCCUGACACCUGGUCCCAGUCCAGCCAGGAAGGUGUUUGUGGGACUGUUGGGGAGCCCCGUUGGCUUCCCUGGGCCCUGGAGCCUGGACUGGGCCUCCUGCCCCCACUGGGUCAGCUGUCCUGUGUGCCUCCUUUCCCGUGAACCCCAAGACUGGCGAAGCUGCAGGCUGGUGGAGUGUAGGACUCUCCCCAGGACACUGUGCACUGGGGGAGCCCUGCAGGGGCUGCAGCAUGGACCCGGGUCACACGGUGGCCCAGGGCCUUCUGGGAGCCUUGGUUGCAUCUGGGUUUUGGACUCACAGACACACAAGUCCCUUCAAGGUGAGCUUCACAGGCACCACCAGGGGUGGUGGCUCUCUGCCAGCUGCUGCCAGGCCCUGGGUCCUGUUGUCUGUGCCCCUGGGGCUCCUGGACUGCUCUUACCCUUUGCCCUUCCAUUGUGUGGGGAUCCAGUUAUAGCCCUGUCCCCAGGGGAAGCCUAGCGAGGCCCAUCUGCCUUCUGCAUCUCAGUCUCCACGUCCUUAGGAUGAGCAGCUCAGCCAGGCUGUCCAGUCCUCUGGCUGCUCAAGUCUGGGGGCUCCCACACCUGGCUCCUCCACCCUGGGGCCCAUCCUCAGCCCAGGCUCCAGCGUCUGCGCUGGGGGAGGGGAGAAGGGCGUACCCGGCCCAGCUUCCAGCCUCGCCUGCCCAGCCGGUCCUGCAUGCCAUCGUUGUCUGCCACAUGGGCUCCUCGCCCACCACCUCCCCCUCGGCCCUGCAUGGCAGUGAUGGUUUCUGCUGUCUGGUCCUCGUGCCCGUCUCUGAGACAGUCUGU